GUUCCGGCCCAGAAGGACUCAGGGGUGGCUGUGCAGCAAGAUGAGGGUGGUUUGGACCCCUGCAUAAGAGAAAGAACGGGGCCACAGCUCAUUGCUGUGUCCCCACAGACCUGGGCUUCCUGCUGCCCACCAUGGCCAAAAGUGGAGAGGCUCUGCCACACGGCAGUCCAGCACCAGUCCAGGAUCCUCACUUCAUCAAGGUGACAGUGAAGACACCCAAGGACAAGGAGGACUUCUCAGUUAUAGACACUUGCACCAUCCAGCAGCUGAAGGAAGAAAUAUCCCAGCGCUUUAAGGCCCACCCUGAUCAGCUGGUCCUAAUAUUUGCUGGCAAAAUCCUCAAGGACCCUGACUCUCUGGCACAGUGUGGAGUGCAAGAUGGCCUCACCAUCCACCUGGUCAUUAAGAUGCAGCGUCGCACCAUGGGCACCGAGUGCUCAGCCACUUCAGUCCCUACACCAGGCCCCAGUCCUGGAUCACUCUCUCAAACAAGCUCCAUUUAUCAAGCAGAUGGACCUUCUGCCUUUAGCUUAGGGCUCUUUACAGGCCUCAGUGGGCUGGGCCUGACCUCUGGCAACUUCCCAGACCAGCCAGGCUCACUGAUGUGGCAGCAUGUGUCUGUGCCUGAGUUCAUGGCUCAGCUCAUUGAUGACCCCUUCAUCCAGGGUCUGAUGUCUAACACAGGCCUGGUGCGCCAGCUUGUUCUUGACAACCCCCAUAUGCAACAACUGAUCCAGAACAAUCCUGAGAUCGGGCAUAUUCUCAACAACCCUGAAAUCAUGAGGCAGACUCUGGAGUUUCUACGUAAUCCUGCCAUGAUGCAAGAAAUGAUGCGUAGCCAGGACCGGGCUCUCAGUAACCUGGAGAGCAUCCCUGGUGGCUACAAUGUGCUUCGCACCAUGUACACAGAUAUCUUGGACCCAAUGCUUAAUGCAGUGCAGGAACAGUUUGGUGGCAAUCCCUUUGCCACUACGACUACUACUAAUGCCACUGCCAGCAGCAGUCAACCUUCAAGGAUGGAAAACUGUGACCCUCUCCCCAAUCCCUGGACUUCCUCAUAUGUAGGUGCAGGUGGCAGACGAGGAAGGAGGCCUGGGGACCAGGAGGGAUCUGAAAUUAGAAAUAGAGUUCCAAAUUUUCUGAUUAAUUUAGGACUCUAUGACUAUCUCCAACAAUUACAUGAAACCCCUUUAUCCCUGGGAAACUUCCUGCAAGGAACUGCAUCAACUCUCAGUCGAAGCCAGCAACCACCAGCUCCAGGAAACAGAGUUACCCCAACUUCACCCUCAUCCCAGGGUCCUGGGUCAGGCCAGCCUCUCCCAAAAGAAUCUGUAACAAUUCAGGGGAAGUCAUCCCGUCCUACUUUCCUGAGAUACUCUACAGAGAACAGUACUAGACAAGGUGGAGUCCAAGACGGUGCAGGGAAGGGCUCUCCUGGACACAGCACUAGCCUGCCUGAUCUGGUCUCCAGGUUAGGGGAGUCUUCCAAUAGGAUCCCAUUUGUUCCUUCACCAUCUUCGUCCAUGGAAGCCACUCCUGGAGCGCCUGAGCCUACCUGGCUGCCACCCUCAUCUUAUCCAAGAUCUCUGAGACCAGCCAGUGUGAAUCAGAUCCCACAGUUGCAGGAUGAGAUGCACCGACAGCUGCCUCUGCUGCUGUACCUUCAGGCAGCUAUGGCAAAUCCUCGUGCCAUGCAAGCCCUGCUGCAGAUUGAGCAAGGUCUGCAGGUCCUGGCUACUGAAGCACCUCGCCUUCUGCUUUGGUUCAUACCUUGCUUAGCAGGGUUGGGGAGCACAGCAGGAGGUACAGAGUCUAGAGAAGGCUCCCUUGUAUCUGAGGAUCACCACCCAACUCCGGCUCCUGAGGUUUCCCCAGAACAGGGCUCAACAGACCUGGGCUUCCAUGCCACUCCCUUCCUACAGAUGUUGGAAGCCUUAGAUGGUGCCAGUCCCCAGCAGUUGCAGCCUGAGGCUCACUUCGGGGUACAACUGGAACAACUUCGGGCCAUGGGCUUUCUGAAUCGUGAAGCCAAUCUUCAGGCCCUCAUUGCCACAGGGGGUGAUGUGGAUGCUGCUGUGGAGAAACUGAGACAGUCAUAGGAGCCCUAGUCAUUCAGACCAUAUCUUUCCCUUUGUGCCAUUUUCCCAUAUACUAUUAUCCUGGCUCUCCCAUUCUUGAAUACAGCUGCACUAUGAAACAAAUUUACUAUGAUGCUUUUACUGCAGAGACAAUGCUCCAGAGUCAGUGAGGAAGACUCAGCCAUAAAUAGGGUGGGGAUGCUGUGUGGGACCCAACCACCAACACUACUAUACCACCAUGGGGCCCCAGUCUGAGCUCUGCUUGUGUUUAGCUUGAGAUGCAAUUACAUCCAAUCUCCAG